UCCCAUAGCCUUAGGAACCGCAGUAGGAUUUUCCGUUCGACCAAAAGAAACCCAAAAAACCUACCUCGCCCUUCGCCAACCACCCUACCGCCCACCCCCCUACGUCUUCGGUCCAGCAUGGACUGUAUUAUACGGCCUCAGUACGUCAACCUCUACCCCAAUUUGAAUCCAUCCCAGAAAUCGACGCCAUCGUAAUCAUGCUCGAGAGCGAUUCACCAACGAAGAUACAUUUCCCGUCCUCGCACGAGCUACUCAGCUCCCACAUCUUUAUCAAAACUGUAUACUGAUUUAUUAUGUCAAUAGUGGGCUACUCCGCCUACCGCGCCUACAGCACCGGCACCUCGCCCCUCUCCUCCGCCUCCAAGCUCCUCCUCACCAAGCAAGGCGCCACACUCUACACCAUCCAACUCGGGCUAAACCUAAUCUGGAUGCCGCUCUUCUUCGUAGCAAAGCGACCGAUUGAAGCGACGGUUGACAUCGUGGCGCUUACGGGCGUGACGGGGUAUUUGGCGUAUGUGUGGGGGCAGGUUGAUGAGGGGGCUGCGUGGGCGUUGGUGCCGUAUCUUGGGUGGUUGGGGUUUGCUACUUAUUUGAGUGCCGGGGUUGGGUAUUUGAAUGACUGGAAUUUGAAGGAUAAGGAGGUUGAUGCUAGUCCGGCGGGGAAGGAUACUAGAUAUGUGGAUGAGAAGAAGUAAAGUCUCAAUUCUUAUAACUAAAACACGGUGGCUUUGGGUGGACAGUAUGGGGAAGUAACUCUCUUCUUUCAGAUGGAGAAGUUAAGCA